AUGCCGCUGGUCGUGCUCACGCAAGGGCUCUCGCCGCCAUCCCAGCCUCCCGCACUGUGGAUCCAAAUUGAGCAUGCAGAUAGCGUGCAGCCACACAACAGGAGCGCUCAGUCUCAGACGUUGCAGUCUCAGCCUGAUGCAGUGUACUGGACGUUCGUCGCCAUCGUCGCCUUAACACCUCUGCUGCUCUUUCUCAUCGCUGUGACGGCGAAGUGCAUGCUCCGGCGCGAGCGGCAGGAUAUGGGCGUCGGCGACGCUGAGAUCGUGAGCAUCUUGUGCAAAGCUCACACUGCUGACGUACGAGUGCGACUCGCAAUCACGUAUUUUACCCUCUGUUGUGCGUGGGCCAUUUACACAGUCACUGACCUCUCAGCCUACAUCAAAUGGCUUUUGGACAUGAGCUCCACGCGAAGCCAGGCGGUGUUCGACGAGCAAUGGUCGCUGCCUGCACCGCUCCUCGGGGUAAUCGACGGCAUAAUUCCCCGUCUGAUACUGUUGGCGCUGCGCCCAGUCGAUCGGGAAGGAAUGUGCGCCGUGGGAGCCUACUCUGUCGUGCAGGGCCUAAUUUGCCUAGCGAGCGACUACAACAUGUUCAAGCACCGGUACAUUCCCGAGGCCGAAGCCGCUGAGUGGAGCCCGAGAGCGACAGCCAUCGUCUGCUUCAUGGCCGGCACCUUUCCGAGGUGGUCCUUCUUCACGCUUGCGAAUCUCUCGGUCUGUUUUCUCCACCGGACAUCGACCCGUGGCGCGCUCCGCCGCCUCUGGCGUGUGGAUCUCUACACGCAGCUUGCAGGGCAGCUCGUGUGGUACCCCCAGGCAGCACUCUACCUGCUCGCUGGAGACGCGGUGCCCUUUUUUCUGCAGCAGUGCUGCUGGGGCUCGCUGAUCGGGACAUGCGUCGUGGUGCCCGUCUAUCUCUACCGCGGCCGCAUCCAACGCGGCGCGAUGUCCAUGGUGCUGCCAUCCGACGCGAACGGACUCGUCGCUGUUGCAGCUCUGAUGCGAUCUGGGCUCUCACCACGGGCGUUCGAGCAAAGAACGCUCGAGGCGGUUCGCAUGCUUCGCAUGUUGCCAUGGUCGGCCCUACGCGAGGAGCAUUUCGAGUCGGCGCAGAGCGGCGAGGAGGAGCGUCUGUACUUUCGAGCGACGUCCCGGCCGGCAACGUUUGGCGAGGUCGACGCCUUCAUCUCUCACAGCUGGAGUGACAGAGGGCCGCUCAGAUUCCGUGCCCUCCAAUCAUGGGCCCGAGAGUUCGAGGAACAUAAUGGCAGGGAGCCUCAUAUCUGGUUCGACAAGGCCUGCAUCGACCAAGAUGACAUUCAGCGCAGCUUGCUCGGCCUCCCAAUCUUCGUUUCGGGGUGCUCGUCCUUUGUUGUCCUUGCUGGGCCCACGUACGUCUCUCGGCUGUGGUGUAUCCUCGAGCUCUUUUGUUUCAUGACGACGCGCGGGUCGGUCGAGGACGUCCACGUGCUACGCCUCGAGGAUGAGGAGUCUGUGUGCGGCCAGACAGAGAAGGACGAGCGGGGCGAAGCCGUCGACCUCUCGAGAUUUCAGGCCGUUCAACAAGGCUGUGCGUAG